AUGCUUCGCCUUGGGGCCCGGGGUUUCAGUUUGGCAGGGCGGGCGCUGCAGGCGCCCCUGGCAGAGUCGGCGCCGUUCGCGCAGCUACUCCUGCGGCCGCUGUCAGAGAAAGGCGAGUCGCCGGCGCAGGGAGCAGUUUCGAACACCCUUUGCUUCAAGCGUCUCCCUCUGGUCCUUGGGCGCGUUGGCGGCAGCAGGGUUCCCGGCAAACGGGGUUUGCCGACCAAAGUGGUGGAAAUAUCUACCGACCGUGGCUACAAUGACGCAGUGACAAAAGCGGCAGAUGAGGGGAAGCUUGCAGUCAUCGACUUCACGGCGAAAUGGUGUGGGCCAUGCAAGAUCAUGGCACCCAUUUUCGAUUCCCUCAGUGCCCAGCAUCCACAUGUUCAGUUCCUGAGAGUCGACAUUGAUGGCGAUGAAAUCGCAGAGACUGUCACCAAGCAUCUGAUUACUCAAGUG